UUUAGGUAAUAAUGUCCGCCGAUCUUACGUGGCAGAUCAUCCGCAAUAAUAGCUGCUUCCUCCGCCGCCAAAAAGGAAUUCAAAAACACUUCUCUGUUGAGCCGUUUAACCUCCGUGGCCUGAACAGUAAACGUUUCAAUGGCCUGAUUAGCAAGAAGGCUAUGGAUAUCGCUCCUGCCAAAGAUGGAAAGGGAGUCGUCAUCUCAUUGAAGGUUCCAGGUAAGGCUGGACGCCCAGCUAAGAGUAUCAGCACUGUCUCACUUCGCAACCGUGACAAAAUGUUGAGGUCCGUGAAGGCUAUCGCUAAAAGCCAGGGUCUCACACCAUAUUACAAGCUCGCUCAGAGGCGUGCAGCCGCUAUUGUUCGUUCUCAGCAGCCCAAAACGAAGAAGCACGCCAAGAAGAUUGAGGCGUAAACGUUGUUGUUAUGUUUGUGUUCUAUAAAUAAGUUUUUGUUCCCUAUGUGCACUCUUUCAAGCUACACUUAUGUUUUCUACAGGUAAUGCGUAAGAUGGAGUACCUAAAUAGCCUGUUUUGAACUUUGUUCUAUUUUUAGCACAGAGUAAUGAAUAUAAUGUUUAAAGAUUUAUUGUAGCUUAGUUCGCUGAUAUCACGAUGUUCAAUUUGAGUGUCAUAUUAUUUGGCUUAGACACAAGUUUGUUGGUGAGUUAGUAAAAAAUUGGGUAUUUAUGACAGUUGUAUGGUGUGACUGCUGAAAGGAGUGGGCUCGCAUUUUUGAGUUAAAGCAGUUUUGUUGAUUGAAUUGAAGAAUCAUUGGAAUGUUUUGAGGAC